CUCUCUUUACCUUGUCUGUAUGCAAUUUGAGUGAAGUUUCUACCAUAUUUCUGCUUUAAUUAUUAGAGAUGCAAAAACCAAAAAACAAUGAAUGAAUGUUAUGUUAGCUAAAUUGUUUUCCUUUAAACGUGUACUUAAGAAUCCGUAGUUUCCUGAAAACAUAACAGGAAAAAAAAAAUUCUGCUUCAUAUAUAUAAGAAGGGAAAAGAAAAAAAAGAGAAAGAAAGCUUAGCGUACAAAAGAGAAAAGGAGAGUGAAAGAGAGAGAUCAUGGCAGCGGGAGGAGCUCCAGCAAAAGCAGUUGAGCCACAACCACAUCCACCGAAAGAACAGUUGCCCAACAUUUCUUAUUGCAUUACGAGUCCACCUCCAUGGCCCGAGGCUAUCCUUCUUGGUUUUCAGCAUUAUCUUGUGAUGCUUGGCACAAUAGUGAUCAUUCCCUCUUCUCUUGUUCCCCAGAUGGGAGGUGGAAAUGAGGAGAAAGCAAAGGUGAUCCAGACACUACUCUUUGUUGCUGGUUUGAACACAUUGUUGCAGUCACUGUUUGGGUCUAGAUUGCCUGCUGUGAUUGGAGGGUCCUAUACCUUUGUCCCAACAACAAUUUCUAUAAUCCUUGCUGGUCGGUUCAGUGACACUUCAGAUCCUGUUGAGAGAUUUAAAAGGAUAAUGCGGGCAAUUCAGGGUUCCCUCAUUGUUGCUUCAACUCUUCAGAUUGUCCUUGGCUUCAGUGGCCUUUGGCGUAAUGUUACUAGGUUUUUAAGUCCACUUUCAGUUGUUCCUUUGGUAUCCCUAGUUGGUUUUGGGCUUUAUGAGUUUGGGUUUCCUGGGGUUGCCAAAUGUGUGGAGAUUGGACUGCCUCAGUUGAUUCUUGUAGUAUUUGUCUCUCAGUACAUGCCUCAUGUGAUAAAAUCUGGGAAACAUGUGUUUGAUCGUUUUGCUGUCAUAUUUACAGUGGUGAUUGUUUGGAUUUAUGCUCAUUUACUCACUGUGGGUGGUGCUUAUAAUGGUAAAGCACAAAAAACACAAUUAAGCUGCCGCACUGACCGUGCUGGUCUAAUAGAUGCUGCUCCAUGGAUAAGAGUUCCUUAUCCCUUUCAAUGGGGAGCACCUUCAUUUGAUGCUGGUGAAGCCUUUGCUAUGAUGAUGGCUUCUUUUGUUGCUCUUGUAGAGUCCACGGGGGCUUUUAUUGCGGUGUCAAGAUAUGCUAGCGCAACUCCAAUGCCACCAUCUAUUCUUAGCCGUGGUGUUGGUUGGCAGGGUGUUGCGAUUUUGCUCUCAGGGUUGUUUGGAACUGUCAAUGGAUCCUCGGUAUCUGUAGAAAAUGCUGGUCUUUUAGCCUUAACACGAGUUGGCAGCCGAAGGGUUGUCCAAAUCUCAGCUGGAUUUAUGAUUUUCUUCUCCAUUCUUGGAAAAUUCGGAGCCGUCUUUGCUUCAAUUCCAGCACCCAUUAUUGCUGCUUUGUACUGCCUAUUCUUUGCUUAUGUUGGUGCUGGAGGUCUUAGUUUUCUUCAGUUCUGCAACCUGAACAGCUUCCGUACGAAGUUUAUAUUAGGCUUCUCUGUUUUUAUGGGCUUAUCCGUGCCACAGUACUUCAAUGAGUAUACUGCAAUCAAUGGCUAUGGUCCUGUUCACACAGGCGCAAGAUGGUUCAACGACAUUGUAAAUGUGCCUUUAUCAUCCGAAGCAUUUGUGGCAGGUUGCUUGGCAUAUUUCCUUGAUAACACUUUACAUCGAAAGGACAGCGCAAUCAGGAAGGACAGAGGUAAGCAUUGGUGGGACAAAUUCCGGUCAUUUAAGGGCGAUUCAAGGAGUGAAGAAUUCUAUUCCCUCCCCUUCAAUCUAAACAAAUAUUUCCCAUCUGUGUGACGAUAUCAAGUAAUUUAUCCCUUUUGUGGAUCACAUCGUACUAUCACCAACCAGUGCUUCCCUGUUGUGAAUUGUAUUACCACACGCUAUAGCCGUACAACAUAGUGUUUCCCUUAAUAGGAGACUUUAGAAUAUUUAUUGAAUUGUUUCGUUUUGUUAAUUUCUGCUGUAAAUCUUAUGGAGACAUGCGGAUUUGAAGUAGCAAUGAAGCAGUUUUAAUGCC